CCCAAAAACAACGCCAAAAUGAUACCCGCUGCCUUGGGUCAUCUGUAGAGUCGUCAUCGCAACAGCACCACCAUACAAUGCAUCCCAUGUAUUCCGAAAACCACGCCAUCGCCUGGAGCACGAGCACCACUAUUAACCCAUCGCACAGCCGGAGCGGCAGGAUGCGGCUCCUGCCCGCCUGGCUGCUCCUCGUCCUGGUGGCCAGCAGCGGCCUGCCAGCAGUCAGAGGCCAGUACCAAUCGCCGCGCAUCAUCGAGCAUCCCACGGAUUUGGUCGUCAAGAAGAAUGAGCCCGCCACACUCAACUGCAAAGUGGAGGGCAAGCCGGAACCCACCAUCGAGUGGUUUAAGGAUGGCGAACCCGUCAGCACCAACGAAAAGAAGUCGCACCGCGUCCAGUUCAAGGACGGCGCCCUGUUCUUCUACAGGACGAUGCAGGGCAAGAAGGAGCAGGACGGCGGAGAGUACUGGUGCGUGGCCAAGAACCGAGUGGGCCAGGCCGUUAGUCGCCAUGCCUCGCUCCAGAUAGCUGUUUUGCGCGACGAUUUUCGCGUGGAGCCCAAAGACACGCGAGUGGCCAAAGGCGAGACGGCUCUGUUGGAGUGUGGGCCGCCCAAAGGCAUUCCAGAGCCAACGCUGAUUUGGAUAAAGGAUGGCGUUCCCUUGGACGACCUGAAAGCCAUGUCUUUUGGCGCCAGCUCCCGUGUUCGAAUCGUGGACGGUGGCAACCUGCUCAUCAGCAAUGUGGAGCCCAUCGACGAGGGCAACUACAAGUGUAUCGCCCAGAAUCUGGUGGGCACUCGGGAGUCCAGCUACGCCAAGUUGAUUGUCCAGGUCAAGCCGUACUUUAUGAAGGAGCCCAAGGAUCAGGUGAUGCUCUACGGCCAGACGGCCACCUUCCACUGCUCCGUGGGCGGCGAUCCACCGCCGAAAGUGCUGUGGAAGAAGGAGGAGGGCAAUAUUCCGGUGUCCAGGGCUCGAAUCCUGCACGAUGAGAAGAGUCUGGAGCUAACUAACAUAACGCCCAGCGAUGAGGGCACCUACGUCUGCGAGGCGCACAACAAUGUGGGUCAGAUCAGCGCCCGGGCUUCGCUCACAGUGCAUGCUCCUCCAAACUUCACCAGUCGACCGAGUAACAAGAAAGUGGGACUCAAUGGCGUUGUCCAGCUGCCCUGCGUGGCUUCCGGCAACCCACCGCCCUCUGUUUUCUGGACCAAGGAGGGAGUAUCCACCCUCAUGUUCCCGAACAGCUCCCACGGCAGGCAGCAUGUGGCUGCCGAUGGAACCCUGCAGAUCACAGAUGUGCGGCAGGAGGACGAGGGCUUCUAUGUGUGCUCCGCUUUCAGUGUCGUAGAUUCCUCCACGGUGCGAGUUUUCCUGCAGGUCAGCUCGGUGGAUGAGCGUCCGCCGCCUAUUAUUCAAAUAGGACCUGCCAAUCAGACGCUGCCCAAAGGAUCGGUGGCCACAUUGCCCUGCCGAGCCACUGGAAAUCCCACUCCUCGUAUCAAGUGGUUCCACAACGGACUUGCCGUGCAAACUGGCAAUCGUUACAGCAUUAUUCAAGGCAGCUCACUAAGAGUGGAUGAUCUUCAACUUGGUGACUCUGGAACAUACACCUGUACGGCAUCUGGGGAACGAGGAGAGACAUCCUGGGCAGCCACACUUACGGUCGAAAAAGCUGGCUCUACAUCCCUUCAUCGGGCAGCUGAUCCCAGCACCUACCCUGCUCCUCCGGGCACACCCAAAGUCCUGAACGUCAGCCGCACCAGCAUUAGUCUUCGCUGGGCCAAAAGCCAAGAGAAAACCGGGGCUGUUGGUCCAAUAAUUGGAUAUACCGUGGAGUACUUCAGUCCGAAUUUGCAAACUGGUUGGAUUGUGGCUGCCCAUCGAGUGGGCGACACUCAAGUCACUAUUUCGGAUCUCAAACCGGGCACUUCGUAUGUCUUUCUCGUGAGGGCUGAGAAUACGCAGGGUGUAUCUGUACCCUCGGGCUUAUCGAAUGCCAUUAAAACGAUUGAGGAGGAUUUCGAUGCAGCUUCUGCCAACGAUUUGUCAGCAGCUCGCACUUUGCUGACUGGAAAGUCCGUGGAGCUAUUAGAUGCCUCAUCUAUUAAUGCCAGUGCCGUGCGCUUGGAAUGGAUGCUGCACGUGAGUGCGGAUGAGAAAUAUGUAGAGGGCCUUCGCAUACAUUAUAAGGAUGUUAGUUUAUCAUCGGCACAGUAUCACUCGAUCACUGUUUUGGAUGCCUCUGCAGAAUCGUUUGUGGUGGGAAACCUUAAAAAGUACACCAAGUAUGAGUUCUUUCUCACACCCUUCUUUGAGACCAUCGAAGGGCAGCCCAGCAACUCCAAGAUGGCCCUCACCUAUGAAGAUGUACCCUCUGCCCCGCCGGACAACAUUCAGAUCGGGAUGUACAACCAGACCGCAGGAUGGGUGCGUUGGACUCCGCCACCCAGCCAGCACCACAAUGGCAACCUGUAUGGCUACAAGAUCGAGGUCAGUGCCGGGAACACCAUGAAGGUUCUCGCCAAUAUGACCCUUAACGCCACCACCACAUCUGUGCUGCUGAACAACCUAACCACUGGAGCUGUGUACAGUGUGCGCUUGAACUCGUUCACCAAGGCAGGAGAUGGGCCCUACUCCAAACCGAUAUCGCUCUUCAUGGACCCCACCCAUCAUGUGCAUCCGCCACGCGCCCAUCCCAGCGGCACCCACGAUGGCCGCCAUGAGGGCCAGGAUCUCACGUACCACAGCAAUGGGAACUUACCCACCGGCGACAUCAAUCCCACCACUCAUAAAAAGACCACUGAUUACCUAUCUGGGCCCUGGCUAAUGGUCCUGGUCUGCAUAGUCCUCCUAGUCCUGGUAAUUUCGGCGGCAAUAUCAAUGGUUUACUUCAAGAGAAAGCAUCAAAUGACCAAGGAACUGGGACACUUGAGUGUGGUCAGCGACAACGAAAUAACCGCACUGAACAUCAACAGCAAGGAGAGCCUGUGGAUAGACCAUAGUCGUGGCUGGCGAACAGCAGAUACGGACAAGGAUUCCGGAUUGAGUGAAUCCAAGUUACUGUCCCACGUGAACAGCAGCCAAUCCAACUACAAUAACUCCGAUGGGGGAACGGACUAUGCCGAAGUGGACACUCGAAACCUUACCACCUUUUACAACUGUCGCAAGAGCCCCGAUAAUCCCACGCCCUAUGCCACCACCAUGAUCAUUGGCACCUCCUCCAGUGAGACCUGCACCAAGGCGACCUCGUUGAGCGCUGACAAGGACUCGGGUACCCAUUCGCCAUAUUCCGAUGCAUUUGUCGGCCAGGCACCAGCGGUUCCGGUUGUGAAAUCCAACUAUCUGCAGUAUCCGGUUGAGCCGAUCAACUGGUCCGAGUUCCUACCCCCACCACCGGAACAUCCACCGCCGUCCUCGACAUACGGAUAUGCCCAGGGAUCCCCGGAAUCAUCGCGGAAGAGCUCCAAGAGCGCAGGCUCAGGCAUUUCCACCAACCAGAGCAUUCUGAACGCCUCCAUACACAGCAGCUCCUCGGGCGGCUUCUCCGCCUGGGGAGUUUCGCCGCAAUACGCCGUCGCCUGUCCCCCGGAGAACGUGUACAGCAAUCCGCUGUCGGCGGUGGCUGGCGGCAACCAGAACCGCUACCAGAUCACGCCCACCAGCCAGCAUCCGCCGCAGCUGCCGCCCUACUUUGCCACCGCGGCUCCGGCGGUGGGCGGUGUGAUGCCGCCCAACCACCUGCCAUUCGCCACCCAGCGCCAUGCGGCCAGUGAGUACCAGGCCGGAUUGAAUGCGGCGCGCUGUGCCCAGAGCCGUGCCUGCAACAGCUGCGAUGCCCUGGCCACGCCCUCGCCCAUGCAGCCCCCACCGCCAGUUCCCGUUCCCGUUCCCGAGGGCUGGUACCAGCCGGUGCAUGCGAUGCACCCCACCUCCUCCAGCCACCAGAUCUACCAGUGCUCCUCCGAGUGCUCGGAUCACUCGAGGACCUCGCAGGGUCACAAGCGGCAGCUGCAGCUGGAGGAGCACGGCGGCAGUGGCAAGCAGCGCGGCGGACACCACCGGCGACGGGCUCCGGCGGUGCAGCCGGCGUGCCUGGAGAGCGAGAACGAGAACAUGCUGGCGGAGUACGAGCAGCGCCAGUACACCAGCGACUGCUGCAACAGUUCCCGCGAGGGCGACACCUGCUCCUGCAGCGAGGGAUCCUGCCUGUACGCCGAGGCGGGCGAGCCGGCGCCCCGUCAAAUGACUGCUAAGAACAACACCUAAGGAAGAAGUAUUUGGGAUUAGUAUUAAAGAUAGCAUCUAGUCUAACUCUUCAUUCAUAUCGAACUGGAAGUCAGUCUGCGGACUGUCUGAACUCAAAGUUUCUGCAUCAACUAUCGAAAGCGGAUAGCUGAUG